AAUAGUAAUUUUAUGUACACGCCGUUUUUUGUGUAAGAGUAACAUGUGCUUCUUUUUUUUAACAUUAAUUUAUGUAGAAAUACCACGUCGGGUUACAGAAACAGAUUGCGAUGAUUCUAGUUUUAAUUACAUUGUCGAGUUAAAGGGAUUUAACAAGAUAUGCUUUGGAGCUGGUACCUUCAGAGAUACUGGAUGUAUAGGUAAAGGAUUGUCUCCGCAACAGAAAAAAAUAACACCGGAAUUAAAUAUGAAAACAGCACCCGGUUGCUACAAUAUAGAAAAUAUAACAUCAUCUAUGUAUAAAACAUUGAACAAAGUAAGGAGUAUAUUAGGAGUACCGCCUUUGGCUAGUCGGGUAAAGAGAUUUAAAACUGGCAAAGCCUCCAAAUUUGCUCCGGACGCAGGUAAAUAUUCACCAAAUAUUUUAUGGCCUGUUCCGGAAAAACAUGCUAAGCCUUUCGGUGUUGGUUCGAAGGUACGGGUAUUCAAGACGCCUAAUACACCCAGUCCGGCUGAUUACAAUCUUCAAAAUGUUCGGUUAUGCAGGCAACAAAAUUUCCAGUAUAAUUUCGGUCGACCGAAAAGAGUGCCUUGCGUCGAAACCGUUUGCAUUGAAGAUCCCUCAGAUUAUUGUCAUUUAUGCGGUAAGCAGUGUAAAGGGGAAUAUUGGCAUAAGAACUACGAUAAGUUCAUGUGUCAAGUUUGCGCCGGCAUAGAAAACGCGACCGGAGAAUUCUAUAAUCGUAAUCAAUUGAAGCAAUUUAAAAAAAUUAGAAAUUGUUCUUUUAUGCACGAACAUAAUAAAACAACGGCGGCCGUAAGGAUAUUAUCCCCGGAGAAGAUUAAGAAGAAACUUGAUAUCGAGAAUUAUCUAAAUUUGUAUAUUAGGUGCUUCUAAUGGAAUAGUCGUAUAUUACAUUAUAUUUUACCAUUUUUUCUAGCUUUAUACGUGUAUGAAAUAUAUGAAUUAAAAUAUUAUAAUCAAUUUAUAAUGUAGUAUCUUUGUAUAAAUAACUGAUUACAAAAAUUGUAAGAA